AGGUAACAGAUGAAGAAAACUUCCCGGCCCUUUGGGUUUCCCGGCUUCCCCGCCUCCUGCCGGCUGCUUGGAAGACGCUAUGGGCCGGCGGCAAAGUCCAGCCUUGGGGCUUCCGAGGGAGCUUUGUUAGAGGUGCAGAUCUGAUUGUUACCCAAAGGAACAUCCCAUGGGACGGCCCCUGUCUGCUCCGGUGUUUGCCUUGUGGUGCCUCUUCCUGUUGUGGGGAGGAUGGCCCACAAGGGCAGAUUUGAAUGUCUUGAAUGUCAACUGCUACUGUGACUACGAUACAUCAAUCAGCUGUGAGUGGAAGAUGAACAGGCCGACCAACUGCAGCUCUGAAAUCUGGCUGUAUUAUGAACGGACUAGUGAUGACUCAUUACCUCAGAGAUGUACGCCUAAGAACAAGAGAGACAGCGAAGGCAUCCUACCCCUGGAGUGUGUGUGCCAAGGCAAAGCGGACAGCUUUGCCGUAGCAGAUGAGUACCAGCUGAAGAUUCAGUCCAAUACACGGGUCCUGUGGCAAGAAGCUAAAUUCUCACCUUCCCAAAAUGUGAAACCAAGAACCCCAAGAAACCUUGUCCUAUCUUCGGGAACUUCAAAAAAUGAGUUCAUCCUGACUUGGGACAGCACUUACCCUUCAUAUGACCUCUUGACCGACUAUCUUAAAUACAAGGUUAAGAUCCAGAAAAAAGGUACCACAUGGCCUGUCAAAGAACUGGAGACCUAUGGAGAAUCCAACCUGACCAUCUUGGCUAACCAACUAGAAAAUAAUAGAGUCUACAUUAUUCAAGUGAAAUCAGGAGUAUCCCCUUCAGAGUACUACAGCUACAGUGGACCAUGGAGCGACUGGAGCCACUCCAUCGAGUGGCAUAAUGAGUAUGAACAACCUUCUCUGACCCUAGAAUUGGGGGUGCUCAUUUUCUGCAUCCUGAUCCUGUUCAUUAAUUUGCUGUGCUAUUUCAGUGUCAUCAAGAUUAAAAAAGUGUGGUGGGAUCAGAUCCCCAACCCAGCCCAUAGUCGCUUAACUGCCAUCAUUAUUCAGAGCCAACAGCUUUCAGCAUGGAGGAAACUGCCCAAAGCAAAAGAAAAGAGAAAUUUCCCGCACUGGAAGACAUGCCUUUCCAAGUUGUUUCCCUGUUUGUUUAGCCAUGACUCAGGAGGGAAAAAUGAGCCCCAUGAUUUUUCUAAGGGCACUCAUCUCCCUCUCCGAAGCAAACUAGAAAGCUGGCCAAUGGAAGCCUGCAGAGCUGUCUUGAUACCAGAACAGAUCAGUGUGGUGCAGUCAGUCGAGCUUUGUGAGGCUGAGGUGGAAAGUGAGAAAGGGGACGCUGAUGAUGUAUCCUUCUCUCCAUCCCCAGAGAACAGCGCAAACAGCUUCAUACAGAACAAAGAAGCACUCAAAGCCAGGUUUGGCCAGACACUGUUCUUUGAUAUCAUAAAAGAGGAGACUUUUAUGUCAUGUUCCAACCAGCCAUCGAGGAAAUACAGGGACUCGACAGAUGCAACUGAGUCACCACCAAAUGAAAGCAAAAGUCCAAGCCACUGCUGGGACAGUCCUGCCAGGCUGGGUUCUCCCAUUUUCCAGAAUGGUUGCCUGAGUGUUCCACACAUUUCUGAGAGAUCUGACACUGUCUGCCAGAGUCUUUGCAUGGAUGCUGUUUCUUCCAAGGUCAGACAGCCUCCUGAGCCCCACCAAGAGCAGUGGCAGUUGCCUUCAGCGGCCCAGACUCCGGACUCUGCGUCAGCCUUAGGUUUAGCAAAUGCAUCCAUUUCAGAGGUACUCCAGGUUGUUGAUGAUAACCCUGCCUAUCGAAGCUUCAACAGCCUCCUGGCCCAAUCUUUGUCCAGGACUGAGGAAGAGCUGAGCCUUCCCUUAGGUUCAUCCAACUGUUCACAGGAACAGAUGGCCUUGUGCCACGGAGACCCUGAUCUACAGCAUGGGGUUAGCUGCUCAGAGGACUCCCAAACCUCUUCUUCCCAUGACUGCGAGCCGUCUUCUUUGCUUCAGUCAGAGGGAGAGAGCUGGGAGGAGAUCCUAAGACAGAGGGUUCUCAGACAAGAAGGUGCUGUCACUUGCCCCACCAUUUUAACAUCAUCGGGCUACCGGUGUUUUGACAAUGCUGUAAAGCAAGGCAAUGACCAGAAUUAUAAGGCAGCUAGCUUUAAUGUCCCCGGGGAAUCUGGGUAUCGAUCCUUUGCAAGUCUCCUAAAUUACCCUCCAGAGACCUCUACCGAGGAGUCCAAGUCUGGAAAAGAGAAAGGGGGAUACAGGCCUUUAGAAAACCUUGCUUCUCCUAGCCAAGAGGCGGAGGAGGUGACUCCGCUUCCACUAUUUACCUUUGGCCUGGAUUUAGGAGAAGCUAUCGCUCAGAAACACCAGCAUAGCCCCGUGCCCUCCAGUUUCCUCAAGAUGUAUGGUCCCCAGGAGACAACAGGGGAAGAAAUAGCAGAGCAUGCUCUGACAUUGGGCCAGGAUGGCACCGAGAAGCAUGACGACACCCCUGAAGAAUCCAAGGUAGAUUUCAGCAGUGGCAUAGUCUACUCCACCUUGACAUGUCACCUCUGUGGGCACUUGAAGAGAUGCCCAAGUCCAGAUGGAAAUUAUAAACCCUUGGGCAAUGCCCAGAGCACAAAAUGUAACUGUGUGGUUGAGUUCCCAGAAACAAUGCCUCAUCCUCUCACAAAAGCCACCAGCUUGUGCCCCCCGGAAAUAAUGAAGAGUCCAGAGAAUAGCGUGCCAAUGACCUCUUCUGUGGAGUUUCUGGGGGAGAGCCAUUUGGAGGAAGAGUCGUCUCUGGGAAUCUGUGUGUCUCUCCUUCCUCAGGACUGUGAAGAUCCAUUUGGCUCCACCUCAGAGAAAUGGAAAGGAUCCCCUCACCUAAAGGCCAGCUCUGGUGGUGUAUUGAGCCCAAGCCAGUCCAACAUGGCAGACUGCGAACAUGAAGGCAACACCUACAUAAAAGUUUCUUAGAUGAGCUUUGGGGAGCUUGGCAGUCCUCUCGAUCAACAGGAAUACACGCUUGGUUUAGGGAAUCAUGGGAUUUCCUUUGUGUGAAAUGUUUCCUGAGAAGAAGCCAGCAUGCCAUUGCUAUGACCUGAGCAGACAGCAGUUGUCCAUCUAUGAGCCAAACCCAUGAAUGCCAGCCUAAUGCCCAUUGCCUAGGGGUUGGAGGGGAGCAGCCUUGGGCCUCAGAGCAUACAAUCUUUAUUCUGGAGGCUAAGCAGCUUGCCACAGGAUGAAGAAGUAUGCCUGAGCAGGGCAUAGGGGGCUCUAACCCUUUUUCCAUCCUAUUCUCACUUCACUGUCCUAAAAGACCCUCUUUUAGGCUACUCACCCCAAGUGAAAUACAGGGACCUCAGAGCAGCCACCAGCCCAACAGUUUUUGGUGCAUCCACAAAACUUCCCUCAGAGCUGGACAUUUCUCAGGAAGAGCUUUGUCAAGGUCCAGGGUGGACAUAGUUGGUGACUUAUAGAGGAGCGGCCCCUCAGUUUUUUGAAUGUUCAUGUAUUUUCUGCCACUUUAUGCUCAGAUCAUUCCUUACACCUUUAUUCAAUUAUUUUAUGACCUGAUGAUUGUAGAAAUUGCAAUCCCCCCUGCACCUUUUCCAGUGGACACUGUCUUGGGGGUUUCUAGCCAGGGUCUAUUCCUAUCUUUCCCUCCUUCUCACUUGCCACACUAGAAUGUGGAAAAGCCCAAAGUGCCUUCUGGAAAUCAUGGAACAUUGAAGAUUAGAGCUCAAAGGGAACUUUGAACAUAGAAUAUCUGAGGAGAAAGGGACCUUAGCACAUAGAAUAUUGGACCCAGAAGGAACAUUAGAGACUCCAGAUCCCAUCCUUGUACCAAAGAAAGAAGAAAGGUGUGCACACACAGCUCAGUAAGUGGUAGAACCAAGGACUCCAAGCCAGUGCUUCUGCAAGGCUUCUGUACUAGUCAUGUAGUGAGAAGGCACAAGCCUUCCAAGUGAGAUACAGUGGGGAGCACUUCAAUAAUUACUCCUUAUAAUAGCUAGCAUUUAUGGAGUGCUUUAAGCUUUCCAAAAUACUUUACAUGGGGCAGCUAGGUGGCGCAGUGGAUAGAGCACCAGCCCUGGAGUCAGGAGGACCUGAGUUCAAAUC